CCAAUUAGCUCCUGGCCAGCCCUGCUUGGGAAGCCCUGGCCUCAUUUCCACGUUUUUCUUUUCUGAAUUGGUGAAAGAAUCAGAAAAUAAUGGAGGCAGGACUGGGAUGGAAAGUGCCCCGGGGGCUCUGCCCGCUCGGGGAGGUGCUGGCAGGACCCACUGCCUGCUCUGAAGGGGCAGUGAGGGUGAGGAGGGGGAAUAGCACAGUAAUGAGGAGUCAAAAGGAACAAGGACUAAUUUGCUCCCGGGCGGCUCGUCGAGGACUUCAGCCUGGAGCCUGAUGCCACGGACACUGGAGGGGCAGAUCACAAUGGAGAAGACCCCCAGCUACUUCGUGACCAAGGAGGCUCCUCGGCGCAUCUACAACAUGUCCCGGGACACCAAGCUGAUCGUGGUGGUGAGGAACCCUGUCACCAGGGCCAUCUCAGACUACACACAGACACUCUCCAAAAACCCUUCCAUCCCCAGCUUCCAGGCCCUGGCCUUCAAAAACGUCAGCACGGGACUGAUCGACACGAGCUGGAGCGCGGUGAGGAUCGGGAUCUACGCCAAGCACCUGGACAACUGGCUGCAGUACUUCCCCCUCUCCCAGCUCCUCUUCGUCAGCGGGGAGAGGCUGGUCAGCGACCCGGCGGGGGAGAUGGGCCGUGUCCAGGACUUUCUGGGGCUCAAGAGGGUGGUGACACACAAGCAUUUCUACUUUAACGAGACCAAGGGCUUUCCCUGCCUGAAGAAGCCAGAAGGCAGCAGCAAGCCUCGCUGCCUGGGGAAGUCCAAGGGGAGACCCCACCCCAAGAUCGACCUGCAGGUGGUCCAGCGCCUGCGGGAGUUCUACAGACCCUUCAACAUGAAGUUUUAUCAGAUGACAGGACAGGAUUUUGGGUGGGACUGAGCCAUCCACAGGGCACGUCACUGUGCUGGGACCUGGGCUGCUUAGCAGUGUGUGGAGCCAAGACCAUGGCCAAGGGCUGCCUGUGGCUUCUGAGGUCCAGGGGUCUCAUGGCUCCUGUGGUCCAGGCAUGCUCGUGGCUGCUACGGCCCAGGGCUGCCUGUGGCUUCUAAGAUCCAGGGGUCUUAUGGCUCCUGUGGUCUGGGCAUGCUCAUGGCUGCUAUGGCCCAGAGCUGCCUGUGGCUUCUGAGGUCCGGGGGUCUCAUGGCUCCUGUGGUGCAGGGAUGCUUGUGGCUUCUGUGGCGCAGGAGUUUCAUGGCUACUGCGGUCCAGGGAUGCCUGUGGCUGAUGUGGUCCAGAGGUCUCAUGGCUCCUGUGGUCUAAGGAUGUCUGCGACUGCCAUGGUCCAGGGUCCUUAUGGUUUCCAUGACCCAGGGAUGCUCACGGCUCCUGUGCUCUAGGGAUGUUCAUGGCUCUUGGCUCAGGGGUCUCACAGCUGCCUUGGUCCAGGGAUGCUCAUGGCUGUCACGGUCCAGGGCUGGCCGUGGCUGCCCUACCAUCAACCUCCUCCCUUUGUUCUAAUUUAUAUCAGACCUUUUCUGGUGAGAAAUGGACCCCUCUGGAGUAGAGAGAAAUAUUUAAGAAAUAAACCCACAGACAACCCCUCUUGCCCUCCCUGACCAGAUUAAAUAUUCUUCCAUAUAAA